AAUCAAUCAUGGCGCCAUCACCGUUCGCAAUCGGGGCUGCGAAGCCGAACCUCUCGUCAAACGACUCCAAAGUCCUCCAGGCCCUCUUUGACGCGGAGUCAUCGCCGUCCCCGGCAUCUUCAGCGGCUCAGACCGACGCUUCGCUCCCUGCGCUCCCACACAUCCCUACAGCUGACCUUCCUGCCCUCCAAGAGCGCGAAGUCCAAGCGAUCCGUCGGCUGCAGACCUCGGAUGCCUCUCCCUCCGUCAAAGCCAUCAAGACCGCCAUCUCCGAACUCUCAGACAUAAUCAAGGACUAUCCCAAAUACGCCUCUGCCUACGUGAAUCGUGCACAAGCGUACCGUCUGCUCAUCGACGCGGAAGCCACAGAAGCCUCCUCCGCCACCUCCUCCUCUUCAUCUUCAUCCACACCCACGCCGGCCGCACAUGUGUUCUCCGACCUCGCCGAAGCCAUCACCCUCUUAACCCCAAGCACCCCGAUAUCGCCCGUCUCCCCGCUCCAAUCACGCAUCCUCGCAAACGCACACACCCACCGCGCCUACAUCCUCUACAAAGCCGCGCGCACCGAGCCAGAAGCCCGCAACAGCCUCCUCCCCACGACGCUACACGAUGCAAACAGCGACCGGCUAGAAGAGAUGGCAAGCUAUGACUUCCAGGCUGGCGGGAGAUACGGCAACCCGGUCGCGAAGCAGAUGGCAGUGCACACGAAUCCAUACGCGAAGAUGUGCGGCGCCAUCGUCAAGGACGCGAUGAAAGCCGAGAUCAAGCAGUGGGCGGAGUCAAAGUAG